GGUUGCGGGGCUGCCUGGGACGAGGGGUGAAUGUGGGGCUGCCCGUGGUGCUUUCUUUUCCCCGUGGCACCGUGAUGCUGCGUGUGGUUAAAUAACCGGGGGGGGAGGAAUAAGCGUCUCCGCGGGAUGCGGAGGGGGCAGCGCGGGGUUGGCCGGGCGGCCCCCCCGCACCGGGGCUGAGUGCGGGGAGUAACGCCGCUACCACCCCCCCGCGCCGGGGCCGCUGCCCAGAAGUUGCACAUGAAUCUGCAGGGUUUUUUAUCUCCCAUCGCCGGAUUGGCUCCGUUUAGUUAAAAAAAAAAAAAAUAAUAAUAAAACCCCCAAAACACCCAAAGCCGGGAGCGCUCGGCGCUGGCCGCGCCGUGGCGAGGGGGGAUUCGCCGUCCCGCGGGGGCCCCGUCCCUCCUCCGCCCCCCCUGCCCCGCAGCGCCUCGGCCCUGCGAGCCAAAGGGGGUUCCUACAUCUUUAAAUGGGAUGUAAUAUUUUGGGAUGGGCUUUUUUCAUAACGUCACUUCAUUCCUCGCUUUUUUUUUUUUUUUUUUUUUUUUUUUUCAUUUUCUCAUUCUUUCUUUCCUCUCUCUCUCCGCUGCCCGGGUCUCGGAUGGAACCGCUUCCCUUCUAACUUCCCCGCCGCCCGUGCCUGCAGGCUGGGUGCGGACCCUCGACCCCCCCGGGGCGAGGAUGACCAUUCUGCCUCUUUAAACCGCCCCCCCCCCGAAACCCCCAAACAAACAAACAACAACAGAAAAGAGCUUUCUUUUUCAAGGGGGGGGAAAUUUUGCCUUUUUUUUUUCCUAAGGGUUGGUUUGUUUUGGUUUUUUUUUUUGGUUUGGUUUUUUUUGUGUGUUUUUUGGUUUUUUUUUUUAGUUUUUUUGGCGGGGGGGGUGGAAGUUGGAAUCUUUUUAUUUCCUCCUCGGCCCCCCCUCCAGCGGGGCCGCCCCCCCGAGCCCGGCUGCCCCCCCCCGGGCCCCGCAGAGCCGCUCCGGAGGAGAGAGAGAGAAAAAACGCCCGGACUGCUCCAGCCUCCGAAAUGACUCAGUAACUUUUACGCCUCGAGUCUCAGCCCUGCAAUUAGGCACUUUCCCAGCACGGCUCGGGAUGUAUUCGUCUCCUCUCUGCCUGACCCAGGAUGAGUUCCACCCCUUCAUUGAGGCGCUGCUCCCCCACGUCAGGGCCUUUGCCUACACCUGGUUCAACCUGCAGGCCCGCAAGCGUAAGUACUUCAAGAAGCAUGAGAAGAGGAUGACGAAGGAUGAGGAGAGGGCAGUGAAGGAUGAGCUGCUGAGCGAGAAGCCGGAGGUGAAGCAGAAAUGGGCCUCGCGCCUCCUGGCCAAGCUGCGCAAGGACAUCCGGCCCGAGUGCCGCGAGGACUUCGUCCUCUCCAUCACGGGCAAGAAGCCCUCGUGCUGUGUCCUCUCCAACCCCGACCAGAAAGGCAAGAUGCGCCGCAUUGACUGCCUGCGGCAGGCAGACAAGGUGUGGCGGCUGGACCUGGUGAUGGUCAUCCUCUUCAAAGGGAUCCCGCUGGAGAGCACUGACGGCGAGCGCCUGGUCAAGUCGGGCCAGUGCACCAACCCCAUCCUCUGCGUCCAGCCCCACCACAUCAGCGUCUCCGUCAAGGAGCUCGACCUCUACCUGGCGUACUUCGUCCGUGAGAGAGAUGCAGAGCAGAGCAGCAGCCCCCGGACAGGCAUUGGCUCGGACCAGGAGGACAGCAAACCCAUCACGCUGGAUUCGACAGACUUCCAGGAAAGCUUCGUCACCUCAGGGGUAUUCAGUGUCACCGAGCUCAUCCAGGUGUCCCGAACGCCAGUGGUGACGGGCACAGGGCCAAACUUCUCCCUGGGGGAGCUGCAGGGCCACCUGGCCUAUGACCUGAACCCCUCCAGCACCGGCAUGAGGAGGACACUGCCCAGCACCUCCUCCAGCGGGAGCAAACGGCACAAGUCAGGGUCCAUGGAGGAUGACAUUGACACCAGCCCUGGUGGCGAGUACUACACCUCCUCCAACUCCCCCACCAGCAGCAGCCGCAACUGGACAGAAGACAUGGAAGGGGGUAUCUCCCCCACCGUGAAGAAGACAGAGAUGGACAAGUCCCCCUUCAACAGCCCAUCACCCCAGGACUCCUCGCCCCGGCUGAGCAGCUUCACGCAGCACCACCGUCCCGUCAUCGCUGUGCACAGUGGUAUCGCCCGAAGCCCGCACCCAUCGUCUGCGCUGCAUUUCCCCACCACCUCCAUCCUUCCCCAGACAGCCUCUACCUACUUCCCACACACGGCCAUCCGGUACCCGCCUCAUCUCAACCCGCAGGACCCGCUCAAAGACCUCGUCUCGCUGGCCUGCGACCCGUCCAACCAGCAGCCCGGACCGUUAAAUGGAAGUGGUCAAGUGAAAGUGCCCAGCCACUACCUGCCCACGCAGAUGCUGGCACCGCCACCUCCCCCCGGCAUGCCCCGCUUGGCCGUCUCUCCUGACACCAAAUCCACCACGACAACUUCCGAGGGAGGGACGACCUCGCCGACAUCACCCACCUACUCUGCACCAGGCACGCCCCCUGCGAACCGUUCCUUCGUGGGAUUAGGACCAAGGGAUCCUGGGAGUAUCUAUCAGGCACAGUCCUGGUACCUGGGAUAACCGCAGCCGUGCCGCCCCUUCGCCUCCCUUCUCCUCUGCUUUAGGCACCCCCAGAGGAACAUCCCCGUCCCCGAGCGCCAGGCCCAGCCUUGCGGUGACGACGGAGAGCGC